UAAUCAAUUGGCAGUGUGAAAAGUCAAAAGUCUCCAUUGACGUUAUUAAGCUCUACUAGUAUGUCAUCGCUGACAACACUACUACUACUACUAUGCGGUGCUAAUCACGAAAUCUAUAAAAGAGAAGCCUAAUUCUCUUCAAUCAAUAUUAACAAUCCAAUCCAACUCAUACUUACAACUACUUAUUUCCAACCAAUUCCAACCAUUUUACAGCAUCAAUGGCCACUAUCGGCGUGCAACAAGUUCUUCCUCCCCCGUUAACUUCAACUUCAGAACCACCUCCUCUUUUUGAUGGAACCACCAGGUCCCUUUCUCCUUUUUCUAAUAUCACCUUUUUUUUUUUAAUUUAUUAUUCCAAUUUCACAUCCCAAUCUUAUACUACUUUUUAUUUUUAUUUUAGGUUGUAUGUUAAUUACAGUUGCCCCUAUGCACAACGUGUAUGGAUCGCUAGGAACUACAAGGGUUUACAAGACAAGAUCCAUUUGGUUCCUAUUGACCUUCAAAACAGGCCUGCUUGGUAUAAGGAAAAAGUAUAUCCUGAAAAUAAGGUGCCAUCUUUGGAGCACAAUGGCAAGGUAUUGGGAGAAAGUCUUGAUUUGAUCAAAUAUGUUGAUGCUAACUUUGAAGGAACACCUCUCUAUCCUAAUGAUCCUGCCAAGAAAGAGUUUGGUGAGCAGUUGUUAUCCCAUGUUGAUACAUUCACCAAAGAGCUGUUCCUCUCAUUGAAGGGAGAUACUGUGCAACAAUCCAGUCCUACUUUUGAAUUCUUGGAGAAUGCUCUUGGCAAAUUUGAUGAUGGGCCAUUCCUUCUUGGUCAAUUAAGUUUGGUGGAUGUUGCCUAUAUUCCAUUUGUCGAAAGAUUCCAUGUCGUCCUUGCCGAGGUUUUCAAGCAUGACAUUACCGAAGGAAGGCCUAAACUCGCAACAUGGAUCGAGGAGUUGAACAAGAUUGAUGCUUAUACACAAACAAGAAGGGAUCCUCAAGAAAUUGUUGAACUUUUCAAGAACCGUUUUCUGCCUCAACAUUGAAAGUUGGAUUGCAGCAGAGUCUUCCUUUGAGAUAUUCCAAUAAAGCAUCUUUUGAUUUAGUGAGAUGCAUCUUCAGUCAAAUAUUGGUGUGUUAUAGAUUGAUGGCAUAGUUAUGUUUCACUUUCCAGCUUGUUUGUUUGAUGAUGUAAUAAUGUUUAUGUAUCAGCUUGUGAUCACUGUUCAGAAUAUGAUAUUAUCCUACUUGAACUGUGUAUGUUAAAAAUACUUGAUAAACUUAAACCAAUAGGUUUGGUUUAAGGAAAAGGGAUUUGGGUAGUAUGCACGAGGUCUUGACUUUGAUCUUCAACUCCAUUUAAAAAAAAAAAAAAACGUGAUAAACUUUGAUAA